UGUCAGAAUCAAACAUCUGGAUUUACAACUGUUUCUAAUUACUUGACUGACUAGACUGUAAACUUAGGCUCUGGCAUUAGAGUCCCUCCUAGAGAGCUGCCCAAAUCCUUACAGGCAGCUAAUCAAAGGCACUGUGCAGGAGGAUAGCUUGUGAGCCGGUUUUGGCCAGCUUUGAGCCCUGGAGCUCCAGUGUGAGCUGUGCUUUAGAAAAGAAGACCUGCAAGUGCUGUCUGGAGUCUGUAGAAAACUCUUCUCACUAGAUCAAGUAUGCAUGCUGAAGCUUUGGUCAACUUUGUGUGGGCUUCUGUCUUCUUCAGCGUUGUAGCCGCUGUGCCGCAGAACCUCAAAAGUAUAUCCUCACCCACAAAAUGUAGAUUUUCAACUUCUGCUUCAGAAAGCCGUUGCAGGACUACAGAUGGCUUAAUUUGCAGUGGCCGAGGAAAAUGUGAUUGUGGGGUAUGCAUAUGUGAAGUGAAGGAACCCGGAAAAUAUUAUGGGCCUUUAUGCGAGUGCCAUGACUGGGUCUGUCACACUUAUGAUGGACACGUUUGUGGAGGCCAUGGAACUUGUGACUGUGGAAAAUGUCAAUGUGAAGCUGGAUGGUCCGGAGAAGCUUGUCAGUACCCAACUACAUGUGACCUGACACGAAAGCAAAGUAACGAGAUGUGUAAGAAUUCACAAGGAGUCAUUUGUUCAAAUGCAGGUACCUGCCAGUGUGGUAGAUGUAAAUGUGGGAACUCAGAAAACAAUGGACUCAUCUAUGGAAAAUUUUGUGAAUGCGAUGACAGAGAAUGCAUUGAUGAUGAAACUGGAGAAAUUUGCGGAGGCCACGGGAAGUGUUACUGUGGAAACUGUUACUGCGAGGCUGGUUGGCAUGGCGAUAAAUGUGAAUUCCAGUGUGACAUCAGCCCAUGGGAGAUUAAGAAAAGAUGUACAUCUCCAGAUGGCAAAAUCUGCAGCAACAGAGGAACGUGUGUAUGUGGCGAAUGCACCUGCCAUGAUGUGGAUCCAACAGGUGACUGGGGAGAUAUCCAUGGUGACACCUGUGAGUGUGAUGAAAGGAACUGCAAAUCUGUGUAUGACAGGUACUCUGAUGACUUCUGCUCAGGUCAUGGGCAAUGUAACUGUGGGCGAUGUGAUUGCAAAGAAGGAUGGACUGGAAGGAAAUGUGAACACCCACGGUCCUGUGCUCUGUCGAUAGAUGAAAGCAAGAAAAAAUGCCAGGGAAGCUCUUCUCAACCAUGUUCUGGACGAGGAAAGUGUGAGUGCGGCCAGUGUACUUGUUUCCCACCUGGAGAUAGCAGGGUCUAUGGAAAGCAAUGUGAAUGUGAUGAUCGACAGUGUGAAGACCUAGAAGGGAAGAUCUUCGGAAUAUAA